AUGGAAGUAGAAACAAUUCCCUCUUUAAAUGGAGCAUCAAAAGAUGAUACAGAAAAUAGUAUUUUAGAAAAAGCAAACGAACAUCAAAAAGAUGAAAUAAAAGAUAUUAGUGAAAAUGAUAGAAAAGAUUUGGAUAUAAAUGAGAGUGAAAAAGAAAAAGAAAGAGAAAAGGAAAAGGAAAAAGAAAAAGAAAAAGAAAAAGAAAAGGAAAUCGAAAAUGAAAAAGAAAAAGAAAAGGAAAAGGAAAAGGAAAAAGAAAAAGAAAAAGAAAGAGAAAGGGAAAGAGAUAGGGAAAGGGAAAGGGAAAGAGAAUAUGAAAAACAAAGGGAAAGAGAGAGAGAAAGGGAAAAAGAAAGAGAAUAUGAAAAACAAAGGGAAAGAGAACAAGAGAGGGAAAGAAGUCGAGAGUGGGAGAGAGAAAGAGAAAGAGAAAAAGAAGAAUAUGAAAACUCAAAAUCAUCAGAUAGAAUGGAUUAUGAAGAAAAUGACAAUAAAAAAACUAAUAAUAAUAAUAAUAAUACUAAUAACUAUAACAACGCUAAAAACAAACCAAAUACAAGAGAUUACAAUGAUGAAGAUAAUUAUAAUAACAAUGACUCUAGAGACUAUCAAUAUGAAAAAACCAACAAUAAUAACAACAAUCAAUCUCAAUCCCAAUCGCCUAUUGAUGAUAGUGAGUCAACAAUAAAUAUACUAAACCAACUAAACAAUAUUCCAAGAGAUAAUAAAAAUAGAGACUCAACUUCAUCUGAAACCCUUUCAUCUGGCGAUUUAUUUGUAAAUAGAAAUAUUAAAAUAAGCAACAUUGGUCUUCCAACAUCAAAUAAUUCAAAUCAUAGAAACAAUAGUUUAACAUCUGUUAUAGACGACGAUGAAAUGGAUGAUGAUACCGAUAACUUUUCAAAUGAUAAAUCACUUGGAAGUUCCAGAAGGAGAAGCCCAAAUCCCACAGAUCAUCAUCAUGAUACAAUGAUCACAUAA